CAAAACUAAAAUGAAGUAAGCCACGUGAUUAUAUGAAACAGUUUUCUAGAAAAACAUCAAAGCUUUCCACAUUUGUGGGGUAAAUUGGGCACGUUUUCUAUUCAGAUGAGCUACGAUAAGUUUGCGGGGGAACGGAGAAGUCCUAGUAGCGACGAAUUCGAGGUAGACGACAAAGCAGUAUCUUUUCACGCUCCAAUCCUGUUGGAAGAGAUGGCGAACAGAAAUUUCGAAGGACCUCCACACGCAACAACUGGAUCAAGUAAGACGAAUUGUUUGCAACCAGCUCGUGCUUUUAAUCCACGGCAGUAGAGUGACUUGGCUUCAAACGUCAUGCUUCACUUAAAUUUGAUUCCAUUAUCUGAUCAUGAGUUUGGCAAAGCAGUAGCAGGACGUUUGAAAUUGUCCUUAGACGCAUAUUGUAAAUUUCUUGGCGAGGGGUUAUCUUUCAUAGUAUGAUUCAGUUUGUUGCGUUGAGCGACGAAUCCCAAGAGAAAUAUUCGUUCUUGAUAAGCUAUCUGAUUGGAAUAUGAAAGCUUAUUUCAUCAUGGAUUUUAGUGAAUCAGUUCUUCAAGAGUUAUUUCAAUAUAUGAUCGUUUUGUAUAAUUAAUAGGCCCAGUUAAGACUAACUUUUCAUGUACUUAAUUCAAUGUAUUAGGUUCGGCUCAUGAAAAGUUCGGCGUCUUAACCGGGUUUAGCUUUUGAAAUUUAAUACAGCGCGAAGGCUUAGAAUUGUGUGUACAAAAUGCACUGCGUUUUUCUCGUUUCCUCAUGCAGCCCAUAGUGAUGUGAAAUUCGUUUUGCAACCUUCCCGGUGAUAUGAGACUUGAAAUACCCCGGUGCGCGACUCACAUCAGUCUUGACAUUCAGUAUUCAAAUAGGGAGUUCAAACAAACACGACGGUGACGUGUGAAAGAAAACCAAAAGUAAUACGUUUAAUAAACCAAACAACAACUCUGCAUCUGCACUUUCAGUCCAUUUUUGGUCAUUUUUGGUGCAUUUCUUUGCCGUGACUGCACACCUAUGACGUGAAACUGCCAAAUUUUAAGUUUCAAGGAGGAGUUAAGCUCUAAAAAAGACUAUAAAUUGUUCAGUAUUUCCCUUUGUUCUGAACUUGGAUUAGGUUUUCUAGUAAUUCAACUCCAGGAGAGUUCUCCGAGGAUGGGCCAAAUGUCUGAGCCAGUCGGAACAAUCGAUAUGAAUAUUAAGAGAACGAGAAUUUACAUUCUAAAAGAUCUUUUCACUGCCGUUACCAUAGAGGUUGCUUAAACUCCAUAAUAACUACAUAACUGGCAUGAUAUUCACACUAUUCACAAUAUAUUAACACUGAUUAAGCUGCAUAAGUCAUAUAUUUUCUAUUUAAUUUCCAGUUGAUAUGGACUUUCUAGCCUCAAUUGCUCCACCUGUAAUGAGUCAACCCCAGGCCUUUUCAGAUGCCAUGUUGGACCCUGCCUCAAGAGGCAUAAUGACUGGACUAACCACUGCGCACAUGAGUGGUACAACCCUGCAAAGUGUUGUUAGACAAAGCGCUGAUCAACUACAACGUACAGUACAGGGCCAGUUUGUUUCUCUGAAGGUCAGGAAUACUCUGACAACUGAUUCAUCAAUAGUGUUUCCCAGCCCCAGGGGCUCCACGCGCGUGCAAACAGAGCCCCUUAUCUAAGAAAAUUGGGCUACCUAUCCAUCCAAGAAAUUUUGGCUGUCAACAUGACAGUACGUCCACCCGCCCUCCCGUUCGUCUGCACCACAGAGAAACAAAUGUGAAAUGUUUCACCUUCUAACUAGUGUGAGCCUGCAAAAUGAUAUUGCACAUCCAUGUUGUAUUCAAUUGACAGUUGUCAAGACAGGGUAUCCGCUGACCAGUAUCACAUGACCGUAUCGAGGGCUCAGGGUCGACCCAUUGAGGUUACGAAUUCUUUUGAAGUUUACCGCUUGCAAGUUUCUUGUUCUCAACUGAUUGCAGGCUCAACACUAAUUGGAUUUCUUUAUUGCAAUGUUUGUUCAUUAACGAAGGCUUCGCCUUCAAUAAUGUGGUAAUCGACCAGUGAUGUAAUACUAACCACUAAUGUUAUAAAUAUCAACCACUAAUGUAACAAAAAGUUAACCACCAAUGUAAUGACUUUUUAACCUUUUAUUUUUAUGGAAAACUUAAUCAUUGUAAAUGUAAUAACUUUCGGUCAUUAAUGCAACAACCUCAAAGAGAAGAGCUACUUGGUGGCAUUUGAAUUGUUAUAUAAAUGCUCAUUAACAAAGACUCUCUACACUGAUACAGAGUAUGUACAGUGACCAACACAAUAUAAUACUGUUCUUACUUCUGGGACGUGUCCCAACUUGUUCUAUGAUGUCAAAAGACAGAUUUUUUUAACAACAACUAAACCAUCAUUGAAAGAUAUCCUUUCUUUUUAUCCAGUUUCAUUAGUGAAUUAGAAUGCAUCUGUUUCAAUUAAAGCAUUUUGUACAGGAAGCCUGAAGCGCAUGCAUCUAUAGCAUAAAUGAGCAUGGGCUGACGCAAAUUGAACGAAAUUUUUGUCAUUCUUUGGUCCUUCUGGUCAGUAUUCAGGUCGAGGUAAGGUACAUGUGGAACUGUUGCGCGUUCAUAAGGGUAAGUUGUAUUUAUCGUGAUUGUAAAUCUGGUGGUGUGCAAAUGCAUGGUAAAUAGGGAAACAGUGACCGUUAACGCUUGUGCUUGCAGUCGCUGUGGAGGCUCUGCCCAGAGUUCGAAAACCUUGCCUUUUAAAUAAUACUGUUCCGACGCAACACCACAAUUUCUUUAGAAACUUAAACAUCUUACCUUUUUGCCCUACCAUUUUACAAAGAAAAGGUAUCCAUCUCAUGCAUAUAAUCUCAGUGUGAAAAAAUGUUUGGUGCCCGUUUUGGGCAGAGCCCUGCUAUGUAGAGAACUAGGGGGAGUCGCAGUUAUUUACAAGGUCACUCAACAUCGUCAGUUUCAAACUGGAAAUUAAACCUUCGCCACAACAGUUAACGUUUUGCAGUAUUUUUGCGCCACUAUACGUCUGGCGUCCUAAAUUACUUAUUAGUCUCGCUUGCGUCAGCAGCGAGACUCAUAAUCUACAACGCGUUUUUCGUGGUAUUUAGGACCCAAAAGGGGAGUCAUUGUGCCAGGCGUUCCUUGCGGGGACCGUGGAAACUGGGGCUAAGAAUCGUUGCGCGAUCGAAGCCACGCAUGUUUUGCAAAGAAGGCUUACUUUUCCGAAACGUGUCGGUCCACGAAUUCUUUUGCUUAAAAGCGUUGAUAUACUUUGGAACAAGUGAACACUACUGAGUGGUCGAAAAAAAUGACAAUCUUAAUUAACGAAACUGCGAUGGUCGGGUGUUGUAAACUUUCAUUUUAUGCAAUUGGGUCUUGUCAUGAACAUGCGAUGUAUUUUCGGCUAUGAUUGAAAUGACGUGCCAUGUAAAUCACCUUUUUGAUCUUUGGCAAUGAUGUAAUUUCUCUGGAAUCGAGGCCCUUGAAUUUUCGUGUAUUUAUACACGCGUAUAGCCUGCAGCAGACGUAUUUCCGGUCGUCGCUAACACGUACUAAAUCAAUUCAGAAACGAAAAGUAUCGACGUCGAUAAAGUAGGAAGUAAAAAACCUCUCGAGAGUAAAUCCUGUUCGCGUAGAAUUAAUCGCCUCCUUAUUUCUCGAUCUAAUCUCCAAGCAAGCGAGAGUGAUCGCCGCUGGAGAGCGUUUUUGUCGCAUCAACAAAUCAAAGCUGGAAGUCGUAGGAUUUUUUUUGCCGUGUGCCAUAUGAUGAUAUAAAUCCUAAUACAAUCCUAAUAACCAAUCAGCCGUUCUCUUUGAGUUUUUGGUAUUUUUUUUGUUGCAUUAAAGGUUAAAAUGUUAUUACAUAAGUGGUUAACUGUUUUAUUGCGUUAGUGGUUGAUAUUUGUCAUUUCAAUGGUUAGUAUUAAAUUAGUGGUUGGUUUUUGUUACAUUAGUGGUUAUUAUUACGUUAGUACUCGAUCAUUACAUUAGUGGGUGAUACCUUUAGCCUCGGCUAAAUCUAUACUAGGCAAUUCACUCAUAUUUGUCAUCUCGCAAAGCACUGCAGCUAUAAGAAUGCUCACUGGUGCAAAUAACUUUGUCUGUUGUUUAAACCAAACUAUAAUGACUAAAUUUCAGCAGUUGUAAUAAUAAAGAUGCGAUUUUGGAAAUAACAUAUUUCCCCACUAUUUACUGUACAAUCUUUUACACAAAAUUAGUGUUGAAGUUCUUGCACAUGUGUAAAAAAAAACACGGAGUGAUAAGUUCUUUACUGCCAUCUUGAUUAUUUAGUACGACUUCAUCGUUUAAUUAUCAUCAUAAGGAGCAUUUUAUAUUAUCAAUUUAGUUUGUAAUUCAGCACUUCUGUAAGUUAUCGAUGACCACAAGUUUGUCAUUAUCUCAUUCAAUACCAUAGUCGUUUCCUUAUCUUCUUUUUUCUUCUUUUAUUCCCUUUCUUAUGUCCUUUAUUUCUUGAUAAUCUCACUGGUCGCCUAGCCUGUGUAUCUCGGCAAUUUUAUAAUCCAAGUUUCUUCCUCUCGCUUUCUCUCUCAGGGUAAUAUGAGUUACAAAGAUCUCUUAGCAGGGCUCAUCUUUGAAGGUGAAAGUUUUCAAGCAUUGAAUAACUUCACAUUUAUGAACUACACCAACGUACAAUUCUGUGAUGACGCUGGCACACCAGUGAGCCAGCGUAGCGGAGGGAUUUGCCUUUUGACAAACAAAAGGAUUCUUUUCUUAUCCUCACAGCUUACAGUAGGUAAGUACAACUCCCUAUUAAACAUUUUUGUUCUAUAUUUAGCUUUUAAAGAGCUUUGGACCAUCGACAUUAAUCCAAGAAAUGCAGUCAUGCUUAUGUAAUAAUGUUAAUCAUUGUCACUGCUCUUGCUAGAAAUGUGCAAAUUGAUCCAAAUGUACAAAAGCUUUUUUGUUGUAUAGAUGGUAACCAUGAAGAAAUCUCUUUGUCCGCACGCUCAGGAGGUCAAAGGAUGUGAGUUUUCAUGAAAAAAAUAUUCAGAAAAUUCUGCUUGACUUGUUUAGAAAAUAAUUUGUUUAAUUUUUAAUAACUAACUAACAGCUCACUGAUUUAUUUUAGAGCGACCAACUUGGAGGCCCGGGCACCCCAGCUAAAAUGUUUGGGAGACCAAAGGGCUCCCUGAAAAUAUUAUUUGGGCGACCAUCUAGAUCUUUUAGGCCUGGGCACCGCAGCUAAAAUGCUUGGGUGCAAGGGCUCCCUGAAACUUUCCCUAGAGCACAGCCUGGCAGCCCUUUAGUUAUUGGAAGUAUGAUACAUUACAUGCUAUUGUUGAAUGUGGAGGACAUUAGUGAAGGGAAUGCAAGUCUUGUGAACUAUCCCAUACUCUCAACAUAUAUAGUGGUAAUAUUGAUGUAAGUUUUGUUUUGAGUAGCAAAGGAACCCUUGUGUGUAACUCAUCUUCUAGUGUAUUAGUCCUUAACAGAACGUCUCCGUCUCUCUUGCACACAUUUGUUGUUGAUACACUACUGGACUUUCCAUUGCCAUUCAACACACCGGUAAUUCUUACUUACACCCACACACGUAAACGCCUUCGGGCGUCUUCUUGUUUCUCUUUAGGUUUGAACCUCUUUGGCGUGUAUGUUAUUAUUAUUAUUUCAAGGGUAGGUCACCCUUGCCCUGGACAAAUUUCUUCAAAUUCACUUGCAGACGUUCACAUAAUUUCUGAAAGAAUUUCCCUUAAGAAUAUCAUACAGUAUAACCUACACUGGGCGGAAAACAAAACAUGCAAGCUGAAGAGAUCUAGUUAAAAACUGGGUUGUAAUUCAGAGUCCUUCAUGAUAGAUUAAGGAAGCGAAUAAUAAAAUCCCAAAGUAUGGAGACUCCCACUAGCAGUGUUAUAAUUUUUUUUGUGUUUUUGUUUUCUUUAAAAAAACUGGUCGUUUGACACUUAAUGCCUGUCAGAUUUUCCAUUUAUAACCAACUUCGUCCCCAGGGUCCCACGAAAAAAAUGGUGAAUCUCUCUCUAUUGGUACUUGUCAGGUACGUCCUUGGCUCAAUGGGGCAAUCCAAAGAAACUGCCAGGAGGUUACUCUCUUGCGUCAUCAUGUAAUGACACCACCUACUACUUACCCAUACCCCUGCGCUGUUUACGCAGUGUCGAGAUGUCUGGGGAGACUGGAGUCCGGGCAGAUUUAUCAAUUCAUGGCGUCGCACCUUGUUGCUGUGGAUGGUGUGGCUUGUGUGGGGUAUGCAAAUUAAUUUGCCAAUAAUAACUGCGGUUAAGUACACCUUAGUGUACGAAAUUAAAGCUGACUGAAAUAUUAAGCGCGAAGUAAAAUGCGUUUGCCUUCCUUUAAGGUACACUGACGUCCAUUAUAUAAACUUCCUGGUACUUGAAUUUCCAUUAUUUUACCCAAAAAAUUCCGGAUCCAGUCAGAUGGAAAGUAACAGUUUACUUGAUAUAUAUCAAAGUAUACCAGUGGCUUUCAACUUUUAAGGGGAAAGACUGUUUUAUUAGGAAAAAGUGGUUCUUUGUGUUAAUCACGUUAAAUUGCCUGAUGUUGAAAUGUUACUAUCGUCGCGUUGUAUGUCCUCAUUGAGAGAAUUUUUUUUUUUUAGUUGAAUUCGAGUUCGUUGUCGUUAAGUUAUUUUCAAAUGCCUUUGAUUGGUAAUAAGGUUCAAUCAAUGACACUAAGGGCGCUUACCACUAGUCAGAACUGCCAGACCCGUCCAUUUGUUAAAAGACUUUCAAUUAGAACUGUCCAGCAGAUCAGUCUAUUCCUAAAUAUUAUGCGUGGCAGUGAUUGGUUUUUAGCCAAAAUUCACGAGAAAAGCUAAGUUCAUUCUCAAAAGGACCCGCCCGGCCAGUUGACUGACUUUUGGAAAGAGUUUUCAUUUGCACUCAUUAGUUUUGCAAGUACAGGGUAAUAAAAAUGCAAUUUGAAACAUUUUGUCGAUUAUCCUUAUAAAGUAACGUUCAACAAAAUUUUGCUGGAACAUUCACGAACUUCAACUGAAUUGCUUAAUACAUCAACAUCAUGAGUGUAAUUUCGCAAAAAUGCCGGCGGUUUUUCGUUUCAGUGAAGUUGACGUUUUCGCAAAAAGAUUCGUUAUAGCGACGAGACUUUAAUUUGUAACUCAAAAUACACUGUUUUGUAGUUAUGGGGAUGCUGUGGAGACUCUGGUGCCCUAAAGCAGUGGAGGCCACAGCCAAUGAAUCGCACCCAAGUGCAAGAGAUGUUCGUGACUGUUGGACUUUUGAUGCCACCCUGGGAUCGCAAGAUGUUUCUCAAAAUUUUUAUUGAUCCAAAUGUUCCUCUGCCUGUCACCAGAGAUUUUGUUGCUAUACUCCAAAAGAAUUCUCCAGGCUUGUGUUAGAUGCAUAAGGUACAAUAUAAUAAAUUUACCUGGUUUUGACUUAUUAAGCCCAACUUGUUUUGUUGGCGUCCAAGUUGCAGUUGGGUGUUGGGCAAGCUUGGGCGGCAGCACUAAAACAUGGAAUCCGCAAACGGAAACACAGACGGUAGCGGAAUACGGAAUCAAAUAUCAAUGAUAGAAAAUUAAAGAAUUUCACAAUGCAUAAUUUUGUACAAUCCAAAGAGAAUUUGUUUUAGUUUUCUUUGCAGUUCCCUUAAGUAUAUUCUUGUUAAUGUGUCUUGAUAAGAUUGAAGGUCUAGAUCCGCCACUGCCACAGUUCCGGUGUUUUAGCAAUAAGUUCAACUUCUUCUACGGCAAGCUGAAUGCAGAGAGAAUACUGGAAUAAUUGAGUUUCUGUUGACGUCCGCAUUUUACGCUGAAGAGGCUUAUUAAACGUAACGCAUUAUCUUGAUGUAAUCAGUUGCGGAAUCAAGCAAAUGCAUGCACAAUUGUCUCUUCUCUUUGGGCUCCAUAAUGCCAUGGUUCUCUUGAGUAAGUUGUCUUGAUAAAUAAAACUGAACACUGUUGAAGACAACCCAGAAAAGACACCCAGGAACAACUUAACGACGACGCCUUUCGGUUAAACUUACCUCUUUCUAAAGAAACUAGUUAUUGUCAGUGACGUCUUCUCAGCUAUAGUCCCCCCCCCCCCCCCCCUCCCACUUUGCUUUCCUAUGAGAAUUUGCAUUCAUUGCUGGAAGUGGUAUGAAGAGUCUUUUCACCGGAAUCGACUCCUCUAGUUAUACAACAGUCUCCUCUGCCCAGGUAUAAAUUUAUUCAUUCAUUUUUAUUGUCAUUGCUAACAUAUUUUUUUCAAAUCGAUCGCCUUGAACCUUCUUUCACGGAUUCGGUAUUCCGUUUCCGUUUAUGUUUCUGUUUCCGUUUGCGUGAUUCCGUUUCCGGAUUCCUUGUUUUAGUCCUGCCCAGCUUGGGCAAGUUGAAAAUCGAAGUGUAAUUCCUGAGUGCUACGAAGUCAGUAGUGUGCUACACAACCGUUUUUAGUGUCGUCACGCAACGCCACUCCCCACAAACGCAGUAGAAAUAUAAAAGUAAUUGUUCGCAACGAAACUCAACAAGACACUGCGAAGCUAUUUGACUCACCCGCGACGAAUUCUACGAAACCUUCAGGACGAAAACCAGCAAAACUUGACUGAUUCAAUAAUGGCCCAGUAAAAAUUUGCCAAAUUUCAAGUUGAGCUUUUAAGGUGGAAAUUUUACAGACACCACAGAAAAAUGUUUUAGGGUUGAGUCAACAGGUGCUCAUAUGGUCAAAUCUAUUUCUAGUUGCGCUGUAGCCCAGCGGAGUAACACUCAGGACGAAAUCAAGCUGGUUCAUUUUAACUUCUACAAUAACUUUCAUUCACAAGAAUAAAUUGAUUUUUCAAUCAACUUGAGCUUCUGAACGAAUUAUCCGAGAAGACUAGAAUGUCUAACCCUUUGUAGAUGUCACAACAAAGGCAGCACAUUCUCCUCAGUUAUUUUAAGACCCUGAGUGUUGGUCCGGCCGGGGUUUGAACCCGCGACCCCCCGCUCGGCAGACCGCUCUUGGAUUCCCUUACAUGGGGCGACGGGACAAGUUUUCUCCAUAUAAACGGCAUCCUUAAUAGUCUGUGCAAUUUGUAUCAUAAACGUACUUUUUCCUUCUUCCCUUUUAGGUGUGCUCUUCCAUUUAUGGUGACCAUUUCGGUUCGACGUGCGGCUGUCGUUGUUGUUGCUGUUUUGGUUUCAGAAACAGUGGAAUUUGUUGGAUAAAUACUUAGGCCUUGAUUCCACUUGUAUCCGUAUUUUUUGUCUGAAGAGGGUAAAAAACUCGCCCUCAAGAAUUGUCUUUUAGUUGUUUUUGCUCGCCCACACGUAUCCCUUUCUGUUUCAGAACCAACAUUUAAUUAUAGGGAUUAGUCCGUCUUUGAUCAACGAAGGUGUCUCACACCAAGCACUUUUAUGUAACCUCCGAGGACUUGCUUGUGGACCUCCAGUGACCCGUUUCACGCCUCAUUUUUCGAGACCAGCGGGAAGAAAAGAAAACCUAAGUCGUAUUCUGAAAUAAGAUCACACAUUUUACCCAAAAGAAAAAUGUGAACUUUAGAUAUUUUUUUAUAUGCCAAAAGGCAGGGUGGUAGAGAAAUAUUCAAGGUUAAUAUACUGUGACAUCAUCGUCUGAAUUAAGACUAGGGCUUUUGACGGUUUUUAUUGGAUGUUCGUUGACGGGAGGCCAAUAUGCAAUUUUUUCUUUUGCGUUUUGAAAGAACGAGCACGAGUGGACGGGGCCUUUAAUGUAUUGCCGUAGAGCUAAUCUUGUUGAUAAAAGUGUCUAUAAAUCUCUUUGUAGAUUUAGUUUUGUGUGGGUCGCAAAUCUUCUGUCUUUUUAAAUUAUAAGUAGGCCUGCUGCACUUUUUUUGGUAACAAACCGUGAAUCUUAUUGGAUGGGUUGUUAACAAUUGAUUAGAAAAGCUGAUCGGUUAUUUGUUCGUGAUGGGCUCUCAUGCAGUCGACACCAGCGAGACUUAAAGCGUCCUUGUAAGAAACUCCAGGGAAGAUACACGAGAGGGCUGUCUUUUGAACAACCUCAAGUUCGACUAGCAGUUACUUGGAUAACGCAUAGUGGAAAAGUGGGCAUGCAUAAACUAAGUAUGAUCUAAUUCACGCGCAGUAGUACGCCACGAGAUCGCGGUCAGAAGGAACCUGCGAACGUUUCAGUAGAACAAGAAAGUUGUGUUUUCGAGAUGCUUUCUUUACGAGUUCCUCAAUGUGGUCGUUCGAGGUUAAGUUAGCAUUGAUCAUAACUCCAAGUAGCUUUGCGUACUGAACUGAUCCAGUAUAAUUUCCGUCAAUACAAUUUUGACAAGUCAUGUAUUAGGUCCGCUAGGUCUUGAGCCUUGUUCUGUUGACCUUUGUGUAAUUAUUAUCUUGGUGUACCUAGAGCAUUCAGUGCACGUGUUACUGUGAAGGAAUUAAGAUCUUUAUUUUUCCUUUGGCAAGUUAGACUUUUGUCACUAUGUCGAGCACUUCAACUUGUCCCCAUCGCUUAGCAUAUCUAAUUAAUUGUAAUAACUGCAGAUCAGAGGAGCACGUCAGAUGGGAAUUAGAGGGAUGGUGGCUGGAGUUAGAGGGACUGGUUCACGAUAAUGCGCAUGCGCGCCGUUUGUCUCUUCAGAAUAAAUUUGUCGGGUCAACACUAAAUUCGAAAUCGCCAUUACCGGUACAAUCAUUGAAAAUCCUUCGUUUUAUUCGGACAUCCGUCGCUUUGGCUGGUCUAGUUAUACUUCGGUAGUGGUGAUUAAC